UCCAUAUAAUCCUUUCUUUUUCUUUCUCUUUUCCCUUUAUUUUCUUUCGGAUUUCCCCCAAAACAAACACAAACAUCAUGCCAACAUUGGAUGAAGAGCUCUUCCCUUCCACCCCUGGCAAGUUCAAAAUCGAUCACAGAAGCUAUGGAAUCAACCGUCAAUUCUACCGCUUCUUCGCCUCCACCAGCACCAUGUUCUUGUGGGCUCUCUUUUUAAUCGCCCUCACCGUCUCCUAUCUCAGCUUCCAAAGCUUCGUCGAUUCUAGUACUCGCUAUCUCUCUGCCUCCUGGGGCGGCCUUCAAUGGGAGAAACAAGUCCGUACCUCUGCCGAGAUCCACCGCGCCGGUGGUAUGUCUGUCCUCGUCACUGGCGCUUCCGGUUUUGUCGGUACCCAUGUUUCUCUAGCGCUCAAACGCCGUGGAGAUGGCGUCGUUGGCCUUGAUAAUUUCAACAAUUACUACGACCCUUCCCUUAAAAAGGCGCGCAAGGCGCUCGUUAAUCGUCACGGCGUGUUCGUCGUCGAGGGUGAUGUUAACGAUGCCCGUUUACUCGAUAAGCUUCUCGACAUUGUCGCUUUCACCCACGUGAUGCAUUUAGCGGCCCAAGCCGGCGUCAGGUACGCGAUGGAGAAUCCUAAUUCCUACGUUCAUAGCAACAUUGCAGGCCUCGUUACCCUUCUCGAGGCUUGCAAAUCGGCCAAUCCCCAACCGGCUAUUGUUUGGGCUUCUUCCAGCUCCGUCUACGGCCUCAACGAGAAAGUCCCUUUCUCCGAAUUGGAUCGGACCGAUCAGCCGGCGAGUCUCUACGCUGCUACCAAAAAAGCCGGCGAGGAAAUCACCCACACUUACAAUCAUAUCUACGGCUUGUCCAUCACCGGGUUGAGAUUCUUCACCGUAUACGGCCCAUGGGGAAGACCCGACAUGGCGUAUUUUUCGUUUACGCGCAAUAUUCUUCAGGGAAAACCGAUUACCGUUUAUCGCGGGAAAAAUAAGGUCGAUCUGGCUAGGGAUUUCACCUACAUUGACGACAUUGUGAAGGGGUGUUUGGGUUCCCUAGACACUUCUGGUAAGAGCACCGGAUCGGGUGGGAGAAAAAAGGGGCCGGCAGCUUACCGGAUCUUCAAUUUGGGGAACACGUCGCCGGUGACGGUGCCGGCGCUGGUCCGUAUUCUGGAGGAACAUCUGAAGACGAAGGCGAAGAAGAACAUUCUGGACAUGCCUGGAAACGGCGACGUUCCUUUCACCCAUGCGAAUAUAAGCUCGGCUCGGGUUGAACUCGGGUAUAAACCGACGACCGAUUUGCGAACCGGGUUGAAGAAGUUCGUUCGAUGGUAUUUAUCGUACUACGGGUACGACGCGGUACAGCCGUGAAAUUAAACGACGCCGUAUUUCCGAAAAUAUUUUUGGUGUUAUUUCUUUUUUUUAAUUUGAUUUAUGGCAUUGGAAGAAAAUGUGAAAGGCGGUACGGAAAAGAAGGAUGAUGGUAAUAAGUGGGGGAAAUGUAUUAUUUGUUGUAUCAUAAUAUCAAAAAAAUUUAUUAGUAUUCUUUAAAUAAAAAAAGAAAUUAGAA